UACAUUGUCGUGUGCUGUAUUGCAGAGCCAACAUGCCAUCUCCCGGCAGUAUCAAAGGUAUUACCAUCCUUCAGAGAAAGCCCCAGUGGAAGACUGAUGAGACAGGAUCCUGUCGUUCACUUGUCUCCAAAUAAGCAGGGUCAUUCUGACAGCCACUACUCCAGCCAUUCCAGCAGCAAUACUCUGUCCAGCAAUGCCUCCAGUGCUCACAGUGAUGAGAAAUGGUAUGACAGUGGAGAGCGCACCGAAUCGGAGCUGAACAGCUACAACUACCUUCAAGGGACUUCAGCUGAUAGUGGCAUAGAUACCACUUCCUACGGACCUAGCCAUGGCAGCACUGCCUCCCUGGGAGCAGCAACAUCUCCCCGUACAGGGCUAACAAAAGAAAAAGUGGCACCACUGUGGCAUAGCUCCAGCGAAGUGGUCUCCAUUGCAGACAGGACAUUAGAAAAGGACAGCCACAUGGACCGCAAGACCGAGUCUUCACUGAGCCUGGAUAUUCACAGCAAAAGUCAACCAGCCUCCAGUCCUCUAACGAGGGAGAACAGUGCUUAUAGUCUUAGUGAUGCCGUCUCACAUACAAGUACCAUGAGCUCACGACACUCUGCCAGCCCGGUUGUUUUCACCAGUGCUAGAAGCUCUCCUAAAGAAGAGCUUCAUCCUGCUACUUCUCCCCAGCUUGCGCCUUCUUUCUCCUCCUCCUCUUCCUCCUCAUCUGGUCCUAGGACUUUCUACCCUCGCCAAGGUGCUACUAGCAAGUAUCUGAUCGGAUGGAAAAAGCCAGAAGGGACAAUAAACUCAGUGGGGUUUAUGGAUUCAAGAAAACGUCACCAGAGUGAUGGCAAUGAAAUGGCCCACCCUCGGCUGCGUGCUUCAGCAAGAGAUCUACGAGCAUCACCGAAACGAGCAUCCAAGUCCACUGUUGAAGAAGAGCUGAAGAAAUUGAUAGAUCUUGAUAGCCCAACACCGGAAUCCCAGAAGAAUUUUAAGUCACACACUCUGUCCUGUCAGUCUCCCUUUCCCAGCACUCCUACCACAAGGCGUGCCUUGCAAAGGACUUUGUCAGAUGAGAGUAUUUACAGUGGUCAAAGGGACCACUUCUUCACCUCGCGGGCCUCACUCUUGGACCAAGCCAUGCCAAAUGAUGUACUAUUCACCAGCACGUACCCUUCUCUCCCAAAGUCGCUGCCGUUACGGAGACCAUCGUAUACUUUGGGAAUGAAAUCACUACAUGGAGAGUUUUCUGCCUCAGAUAGCUCCCUCACAGACAUCCAGGAGCAAAGACGGCAGCCCAUGCCAGACCCUGGUCUUAUGCCAUUGCCUGAUUCUGCCUCUGAUCUGGACUGGUCAAACUUGGUAGAUGCUGCCAAAGCCUUUGAAGUUCAGCGAGCUUCAUUCUUUGCUGCUGCUGAUGAAAAUCACAGACCUGUGAGCGCUGCCUCCAGUAGUGAUCAGGCUGAGGACCAGCUUACUGCACAGAUAAAGCCUUAUACAGGUAAAGAAUCUCCCCCAACUCUUGCCUCUAAAGUGGACCAACUGGAAGGUUUGCUGAAGAUGCUGCAAGAGGAUUUACGGAAGGAAAAGGAGGACAAGGCCAGUCUUCAGGCUGAAGUGCAGCAUUUGCGGGAAGACAACUUGAGGUUACAGGAGGAAUCCCAGAAUGCAACCGAGAAACUGAAGAAAUUCACUGAAUGGGUUUUCAACACGAUUGAUAUGAACUGAGAACAGUGUAUGGGGAAGGAAACGAUCUGUUAUGAAUAUUAUUCCUGGGACUUAAGCUUUAAUGCCACCUUAAUCAUGACAUGUGAAAGUAUAGUCAGAGCACUUCCCUGUCCUUCAUCCUCCAAUAAUCCUUUUUGCAUCUCUGCGCGCACUCAGAACGAUUGCAGAUCAACAAUCAAUGUCUGCCUUUUGUAGAAAAAACAAAGUAAAUAAUUUUAAAAAGGUAAAAUAAAAGUUUAACUGCUAAAA